UUGUGGAGUCUGUAAAGCUUGCAGCCGUGGAAACCCUUUGGCCAGCCCUGCUCUGUCUUAUGGGGACACAGUGCAUUGGAAUCCACUCUGUGGCUGGGAGCUGCGAACGACUGUGCAAUGAAUGGUGACACUCGAGCGGCCGUGGUGACCUCACCACCGCCGACUACAGCCCCGCACAAGGAGAGGUACUUCGACAGGGUGGAUGAGAACAACCCCGAGUACUUGCGAGAGCGGAACAUGGCCCCCGACCUCCGCCAGGACUUCAACAUGAUGGAGCAGAAGAAGAGGGUCUCCAUGAUCCUGCAGAGCCCAGCCUUCUGUGAGGAGCUGGAGUCCAUGAUCCAGGAGCAGUUCAAGAAGGGGAAGAACCCCACCGGCCUGCUGGCCCUACAGCAGAUUGCAGAUUUUAUGACCACCAACGUCCCGAACGUCUACCCCGCAGCCCCACAGGGAGGGAUGGCCGCCUUGAACAUGAGUCUCGGCAUGGUGACGCCGGUGAACGACCUGCGAGGCUCCGACUCCAUCGCCUACGACAAAGGGGAGAAGCUGCUGCGCUCCAAGCUGGCAGCUUUCUACAGAUUAGCAGACCUCUUUGGGUGGUCUCAGCUGAUUUACAACCACAUUACGACCCGAGUCGGCUCGGAGCAGGAGCACUUUCUCAUCGUACCUUUUGGACUUCUGUACAGUGAGGUGACCGCCUCCAGCCUGAUUAAAAUCAACCUCCAAGGAGACGUAGUCGAUCGUGGAAGCACUAACCUGGGGGUCAACCAAGCUGGCUUCACCCUGCACUCUGCCAUCUAUGCUGCUCGCCCAGACGUGAAGUGCAUUGUCCACAUCCACACGGCAGCAGGGGCCGCGGUCUCUGCCAUGAAGUGUGGCCUCCUGCCCAUCUCCCCGGAGGCACUGUCCCUCGGGGAAGUGGCUUACCAUGACUAUCACGGGAUCCUUGUGGAUGAGGAGGAAAAGGUGCUCAUUCAGAAAAAUCUGGGCCCAAAAAGCAAGGUCCUCAUUCUCCGGAACCACGGGCUCGUCUCAGUCGGAGAGACAGUGGAGGAGGCAUUCUAUUACAUCCACAACCUGGUGGUGGCUUGUGAGAUCCAGGUUCGCACGCUGGCCAGCUCGGGAGGCCCCGACAACCUAGUCCUGCUGGAUCCCGGGAAGUAUAAGGCCAAGUCCCAGUCCCCAGAGUCUCCGGCAGGGGAAGGGGGCACUGGAUCAUCUCCCAAGUGGCAGAUUGGGGAGCAGGAAUUUGAAGCCCUCAUGCGGAUGCUGGACAAUCUGGGUUACAGGACUGGCUACCCUUACCGAUACCCGGCUCUGAGAGAGAAAGCUAAAAAGUCCAGCGAUGUGGAGCUUCCGGCCAGUGUCGCGGGCCACUCCUUUGCUAGUGAUGGUGAUUCGGGCACUUGCUCCCCUCUCAGACACAGUUUUCAGAAGCAGCAGCGAGAGAAGACAAGAUGGCUGAACUCUGGCCGGGGCGACGAUGCUUCUGAGGAGGGGCAGAAUGGAAGCAGUCCCAAGGCGAAGACUAAGGUGUGGACGAGCAUUACACACGAUCACGUGAAACCCUUGCUGCAGUCUCUCUCGUCCGGUGUCUGCGUGCCAAGCUGUAUUACCAACUGCUUGUGGACUAAAGAGGAUGGGCAUAGAACCUCCACCUCUGCGGUCCCUAACCUGUUUGUUCCACUGAACACUAACCCCAAAGAGGUCCAGGAGAUGAGGAACAAGAUCCGGGAGCAGAACUUGCAGGACAUCAAGACGGCUGGACCCCAGUCCCAGGUCCUGUGCGGUGUCGUGAUGGACAGGAGCAUGGUCCAGGAUGCGCCCCUCUCUGACUGUACGGAGACUAUCGAAGGGCUCGAGCCCACAGAGCAGACCGUUAGUCCCGCUAAGUCUCUCUCUCUUAGAAAGGGGGAGCUGGUGACAGCCUCGAAGGCCAUCAUUGAGAAGGAGUACCAGCCCCACGUGAUCGUGAGCACCACAGGCCCCAACCCCUUCACCACGCUUACUGACCGAGAGCUGGAUGAAUACCGCCGAGAGGUGGAGCGGAAGCAGAGGGGCUCCGAGGGAGAGAACCUGGACGAGGCUCAGGAGCAAAAAGAGAAAAGCCCUCCAGAGCCCUCUGCUGCACCCCAGACGCCCCCCAGCACCCCAAUCAAUCUGGAAGAAGNCCUGCCGCCGGAACAGACUGCGGGAGAUGACAGUGAUGCGGCCACCUUCAAGCCGACUCUUCCCGACCUCUCCCCUGAUGAGCCUUCAGAAGCUCUUGGCUUCCUGACAUUAGACAAGGAGGAGGAAGAGGGCCUGGGGGAGGCCCCCAGCCCUCAGAGCCCCACCAAGACCCCCACAGCAGCCAGCCUGGAGUCAACCCCAGGCCAGGUGGCUGAAGAGGCCCCCUCCCCAGCUGCUGAGGAGGGGGCUGCUGCAGACCCUGGCAGUGACGGGUCUCCGGGAAAGUCCCCUUCCAAAAAGAAGAAGAAAUUCCGCACCCCUUCUUUCCUGAAGAAGAGCAAGAAGAAGAGCGAUUCCUGAAGGCCCCACCCCACUGUCGUGUCUGUAGUCACCCGGCCCCCACCCCCGAUUGUGUCUUGUCCUGUCUUCUCUUAUCAUGGAAUGCAGAAAGCCAGACCCUCCCCGUAGCUCAAGCCCACCUCUGGUGGUGUGGCCAAACCCCACGCAGAUGGUGCUAAGGGAGCGGGUGGGAGCAGCAACCCACCCCACCCUCGCCUGCCUCUGCUCCCCUGCCACAGGAGCACACAGGGUCCGUCAGCUGCGAGACAUGCUCCCCACCCUAGUCUUCACAGGCUCCCCUGAGCCCUGGCUGGCUGCCUCCUCGCCGCGCUUUGUCCUGAGCAAACGUGCGCCUCUCUGCUUCCCUCUCCUUAGGCCUCAGUGACCCGUCCAACUCAGCUUCACCCACUGACCUGACCUGGCCUGACUCUCUUAACACAGCCUGGUCUUCGAAAACACUCGGGGCCACAGUGAGAGGUUGGGCUGCCUCCAGGCAUGUGCCCCGUCCUAUGCAGGGUUCACAGGUCCUGGGCCAGAAACAGAUUCAAGAACUCAUAGUGUCUUUUUCACUGGGGCUCUAGAUGCCUGUCACAGGAGGGGGAUGUCUUUUCUAGAAUUUUCUUUUAGAUGAUUUACAGUUCAGUCUCCAUCUCUGACUGUGACUCCGAAUGGGCCACUUUUAGUUCUAGUUGUGGCAGUAAAGCACCCCUACCCUUUCCUGGUAGCGUUUCUGGAUGGAGAAGGCACCCGUCUCAGCUUGAAAGAUACCCCAGCCUGGCUGUGAUCAGAGCCCACUCAGUGGGUAGUGGCUCCCUUGACCCCAGGUCAACCCUGGUACCAGAGUCAUGCCCUGAGAGGGCUGCAUUGUCGGACUUAGAGGGAGCUGGUGGGUGGCUGCACAGACUUGCCAAGGACCACCCUGCUCAGUGCCACCUGCUGAGGUGUAAGGCAGCGAGCCGGGCCACCACUGUGGAGAUGCCUGGGGGAGGGGGGUGGCCCUGGUCCGGGUGUGGGUGGGCUGAGCCCCACCCCCGGGGGCUUGAGCAGGACCCUCACAGCCCUGGGCUGGCUGCAUGGCGCUAGUGCCUGGACUUCAUGCUCACCCACAGCAGGGCCUGCUGACCCACCCCACCAGUUGCUUUUCUGCGCUACCAAGUCGGGCUGUCUCCGUGUGUCCAGUUCACAGCGGACCCCACCCCCCACCCCCCAUAUGCAAUGAGCUUCUCUCACUUUUGUAGCUUAUUUGAAUUCUUUGUAUUACGAUAUGAACUAUAGUUACAUAUAUGGACACAGACCUUGUCCACCUGGCCUUUCUUCACCGUAACAUUCUUUUACUCACAAAUAAAUAAACUUCUCUACACGGA